AUGAGGCUGGUGUGCCUUAUCCUUGGCCCCACGGCCCUCCUGCUCCUGGCUGGCUGUGGCUGUGUCGUCAGCACCUCCAGCGGGGACCUGCGCACAUUUGUGGGCUGUGCAGUGAGGGAGUUUACUUUCCUGGCCAAGAAGCCGGGCUGCAGGGGCCUUCGGAUCACCACGGAUGCCUGCUGGGGCCGCUGUGAAACCUGGGAGAAGCCCAUUUUGGAACCCCCCUACAUCGAAGCCCAUCAUCGAGUCUGUACCUACAAUGAAACCAAACAGGUGACGGUCAAGCUGCCCAACUGUGCCCCUGGAGUCGACCCCUUCUACACCUACCCUGUGGCGGUCCGCUGCGACUGCGGGGCCUGCUCCACUGCUACCACGGAGUGUGAGACCAUCUGAAGCUGGUGUGAGCUGCAGACACAGCUGGAGGGCUCCAGGCUCACGGACACACCUGCGCGGGCAGCAUGGGCAGCUCUACCCCCUGAA